CGAGUGCCGGUGACUAAUAGCUUGUGAGACACCGGCGAUAUUGGUUUACGACGAUUAACCUAUCAUAACAAAUAGUAAUGUAGUUACUUGGUAAUUGAAAAUAAUUCAACUGAUCAAUGGAAAAUUUGACAGGGUGUUUAGGAAAGUUAGCCGUGAUUUGCGAAGUUCUCAUCUAGUUUUGUAAGUGCCGAUAAACCACAAAUAAGAAGGGAGAAGAAAAAAACUAUCCCACAAAGGAAUACAGAGGAUAAAAACAUUCUAAAAAUUGAAAAUUAUGUUCAAACAUGAGUGAAAUCGCACUUGAGUUAUCAGACAUUCAAGAAUUGAAUGACCAUGAAGAUUAUGGAAUCUACAAAAAAUACGUCAGCAUAUGGGAACAGCCAAAUGCAUUGGAUAUUCUGUUAGAUGUAGUCGGAUCAGAGGAAUUCAUCUACAAGCUAACAAGUUCAAGUUUCAAAAAGAAGCUUGUUUGGGAGCAAAUAGCGGCAAAAAUAGAAUCUCAGGGGAUAUUGUUGGGUGAGAAUCCGUGCAAAGUAGCCUACCAAAAGUGGUUAAGUUUGAAAAAGACCUUUAUCAGCGUGUUGAAUAAAAAGAGUGGAAAAACUCCACCGUGGUUUGGUAAGCUGAGUGAGAUAUUUGAAAAAUCAGAGGGUAAACUAUUGGGAAGCGUAAGUUUUCAAGGGGACGAAGAGGUGGAACAAGUAGAAGCAAAGGGGCCAAAAUCGAAAAAAAUGAAGCAAGAAUAUUUGCCCAUAGCUGAAGAGGAUGAAGUUAAAGAAGGGAAUCAAAUAGAUCCUGGACAGUACAUCAUUGAAGAAGUUGGACAAGUGACUUACGCCGAUGUUAUUGCAAUAAUGCAGCAGCUGGAGUUGGAAAGGAAAGAAAGGGAAGAGGCAAGGGAGCAAAGAGAAAAAGAGAGAUUUGAUAAAUUGGCUGAUCUGAUCAGGCAACAAAACACACUCACUGAAAAGCUGAUCACGAUAUUAAGUAAACAAUCCACUAGUGUAGAACCUACAGAAAAUCACCCUGUGCUACCGAUGGAUUCAGUAUGUAUCAUCGCAACUGAGGAUAUUCAACAAUAAGUUUGCAAUGUUUUUGAAUGAUGUGCGCAAUGCUGAUGACACGGCAUCAGCUUUCAUCAGAUCGCAACGUUGUAGUAAACUACUGUAACUUACACUAAAAUGCAUUCUUUCAUGAUUGUGUUUCAUCCUUAAGAUUAUCAAAAACUUUGGAAAGAUUUUCUGAAUCAAUCUAGCUAUUUUUCUGUAUUUCAAUAAAGAUUUGCACAUUGAAUGAA